AUGUCAUGCCGCAUGACCAGCGUCAGCUCCUUAAGCGCUGCCAUGUCAUAUGGAGACAGCACAGCAGUGUUUGAACAGAGGGCUUUGCACAUGGGUCUCAGUGCUGAUGUUUUGAACCAAAUUGUGGAUAAAGGAUACAAGAACAUGGCAAUGUUUGCAUUUUCAUGCAACUACUCGCCGGGAGCUUCAACUGACAAGCCGUUCCUGGAGAUGAUCUCGGCGACGCUGGGCCGGGACCCUGAUCCAGCAGAGCUCAGUAUCCUCAGAAGACUUUUUAAUGAGAGUUAUGCCAAUGUUGCAGCACACAUAGAGUCCCAAGUAAAACAGACGGACGAGAGUGUCACACGACGCCUUGCACCAGCAGAACGUGCUGACCGACUCAAGAUCCAACAACAGAAGUUGAAGGGAUUGGCCAUCAGAGGCCAAUAUGAACCAGCUGAUGCCUUAGUGGACAAAUGCUGCGCUGCAUAUGAGUCUGACAGGCUUUCAUACAUAGAGUGGAGUCUUUGCAUUAGUCGUGAAUAUGAACUUGCAAACAAUGUCAAGAAGGACACUGACUUGUCUUUUAGCAAUGAUGGGACUUUGAAGCUAGCCCGGACCUCAAAGAUCGAGCCGAUGCAAGGCAUGACAGAAAUCCAAGUUAGAUACGCUCUGGUUAGAAGGGGCCUGGCCAUGGAUCAAGCUAACAUAAUGGACUAUGCAAAGCAUGACAUGUUGGUUGAGCUGUUGCUUGAUGUGCGGAUGCAAGAGCCGCCAAGUGGCUACCAACGCGUCACCAUGAAACAGCUUGAGAUUGCAGAUAAGAAGUUUUUCGUGCUGAUGGGUGAAGAGACAAGGGCUGGUAUUAAAGCAGCCCAAGAUGGCCGCCCAUGUGACAAAGUGUUUGAUAAGGUCUUCAACUGUGCUGAGUUUAGGCAUUUGCUUCAGCCACGCAUGGUGCCCACUGGUCAAGCAACCAAAGAAGGCUUGGCGCCUAGCUCAGACCCUCCAAGCAAACGUGCGAAAACCGGUGGAAAAGGUGACGAGGAGUCGGUUGGCUGUGACACCAAUGCUGGUGUCAGCCGUAAGCGGCGGCCGGAUUUUGAGCAAAGCAGCUCGACUAAGUUGGAUGCUGCAGCUGUGACAGGUGAUGGGGUCCAUAAGCAUUGGACUCCUGCGCCGACUUUACAGCAGGGACAAGCUAGUCCGGCAGUUACUUGCAAAGAUGGCCCUAUGCCUAAGGCAGGGGAAGCAGAUGUGGGCGCUCCAACAAAGCUUGUUAUUCUGGAUUUAACAACACCUUACGCAGAACAGCUGCUACACCGCAUUGUGAAUGACUAUCACGUUGCAGGGGUCCACAUAGCUUUGCCCUGCGGCACGUGCUCAAAGGCACGAGGCAUACCUUUGCCGGAUGGUAAGCCGGGCCCUCCUCCUUUGCGAGAUGCCGACCAUUUACAUGGAUUGGAUGGGCUGUCCGAUGUAGAUGCAGCCAAAGUCAAAGCUGCAAAUGAACUGCAUGCCUGGGCAGACAGGUUUGUGCGGUUUCUACAUGCCAAAGGAAUUACUUGGUCAAUUGAGAAUCCUACAAAUUCUUGGUUGUGGGAGUUGCCUGAGAUGAGCUUUGCAUUGGCCCAUGGACACUUUGUGAAGCUGCAUGCAUGUGCGUAUGGUGGUGAACGUAAAAAGAACACAGCCUUCCUGUGCAGUUCUUCGCAAUUUCUGGCGCUGGAAAAAUUCUGUGAUGGAACCCAUCCGCACAAAGGUUUUAUGCUCACUGGUUAUGCUGCACCAUCUGGAGUUUUCAGGACUGAGGUAAGACCGGCAGCCUUCGACAAAGAACAGCUGAUGCAAGAUGCAAAGCCCAUUGACGAUAUGAAGGAGAAUCGGCUGAACCAAGCAUUCAGCAGCGGGGAGAAGAUUGACCUUCACGCGUUGGACUACACUAUUUGGUUGAGGGCAGCAGUGCACCCGUCUUGGAGGGGCUUGGAACCGAAACUUUUUGCUACGGCCUUCGAUCUUGAAAGCCGCCAUGGCAAAUUGGCGAUGGCAGAUAUCAGAGACUGGGAAAAGAACGAACAUGUAAAGAAAAGCGUGCCACUGGAUGAUGUUUCACGCGCUGCAUUUGAAAUUCUUCUGGCACGUAUUGACUCUGGAGAACCCAAGCGAGUCUCUGUGGAUGAACCACAAAAACCUGUCUUGAUUUUUACAGAUGGGGCGGUGGAGCCCGGUACGUCUGGUGGCGUGGAGGCUACAAUAGGAGGUGUGAUUUUUGCUGACGAUGAUACACAGGUUUUUGGAACACGCGUGGACUCACAGGUGUUGCAAGACUGGAUGGAAGAACUGACUCAUCCGGUUGGCCUUACAGAACUGUAUGGAGUUGUUGUGGCAAUGAAACAAUGGGCUCACUUGCUUCGUGGCCGUAGGGUGAUACUUUUCUGCGAUAACUGGACAGCUAUUGAUGUCUAUGUGAAAGGAACCUCACCAUUGAGACUUUGGCGACAACUUUUACUGGAACUGGAACGUUUGGAUAAUGAUGCCGAGAGCCUUGUCUGGAUGGCGAGGGUUCCUUCUGCAAGCAACGUGGCAGACCCGCCAAGCCGCGGGAAAUGGGAUGAGUUAAGCAGCAUACCCAGAGUUGCUGUGCACAAGAGUGGCAUGCAUCCUCAAGGCAGAACCUUGAAAGCUGGAUUUAGUUUCCCAACCACUCUAGUCGACCAAUUGGAAGCUGAACCACAUGCUGCAAAGAGGCAAAUCUUUACCACUCAACCUCGAGGAAAGCGAUUGAGACCACUGGUUUCUGAGUUUCAAGCGUACAAAUCAAUUCUUUUUCCAUUGAAUGCAGAGCCGGCCAUACAACAGUUUUUGAAAACGUUGCCAAAAGGUUCAAGGAUUUGUCAUCGUACUCUCACAGAAGGGGGUUUUUUCUGGGAUGACAAUCUGGCCAAAGAAGCCGAACUAGUUGCACACCACAGUUGGGAAGACGGGCAACCUGGAGAAAUUUUGCGUUUUGGAAUUCCAAAGGAACCGCAUGAUUUCAUUGCUGAUGCCACCGCUAAAGGCCACCCCAGAGACAUCAUUGCGAAGGUGCCACCCACUGUCAAGGUGCUGUUGAAAGAGUUAGCGUGUGGAGAAAUGAGCAGACGCUUUGCCAAAAGGGCGUCCUUCAUGAAACGUUGGCUCAAAAGAUCUCUGGAACUCAAGGACAAGGAGUUGGAGCUUCAUCAGCAGCUACCAACGCAUUUGCAAAAGAUUCUUCAUGGGAAACGUUUGCUUUUAUUUAAAGAAAUUUUGACGGACCUGAACUACAGUGAUGUUGCUGUAGUGGACGACAUUGUUUCUGGCUUUCAGCUCACUGGAUGGGCACCAAAAACUGGCGUUUUUGACCAAGAUGUCCGAAGGCCACAACUUACACUUGAUCAACUGAAGAAGAUGGACGCUGCAGAGUCUGACAAGAAACAGAAAACUGUUAGUUCUUCUGCCUCUGAUGGACCUCUUUUUCAGAUUUGCGUCAAGAGCACAGAUGACACUUCUUGGCAAGAGAAGCGUGAUGCAAUGUUGCAGAAGGUGUUGUGGAGCAGAACUGGGCGCUUCUUUGGGAAGGAGUACGUGCAGAACUGGGCAUUAACAUGGACUUGGGUCAUGCGCUUAUGCCAGCACCUUCAGAAAGCGGCUUACCAGGGCGUAGAGCUUUGGAUUCACAGGAAGCUGGAAAAUGGCUUAGGGCUUUGCUUGAAGUUCAGGAGUGGUCGAUUGAUCAAAGAUACUUCAGGUGCAGUUGCGAGUGCGUCUGGACAUGUCAAGGACUCUGCUUUGAAGGUGGAAAGCAGCGACGAUGAGGUCGACCUCAAUGUGUGGCUUCAUUUUGAAGCUGCAACUUUAGUUGUUGCGCAGUUGAAGCAGAAAGUCACAGGUGAUGGAGAGGAAGGCAAACAAAAAUUGCCGAUUGUUGAAAAGCAGGCAAGGUUGGUAGACCAAAGAAGGAGACUGAGUGGAUUGGAUAUCGAAGGUGAGCUUCAGCCUUCUUAUGCCUUGGUUGACGCAGUCAAUGUUAUGAUUGAGACAAGCAGCGUACUGUGGGUGGCACCCAGCAAAGCCACUUCUCGUGACCAAGAGGUACAACAUGGUGGAAAGAACCUUCCGUCAGUUGUGCAACUGGAACAACAGACGCUAAAGCUGUCUUCACCUACGCCCAACUUCGAGGCGGACUGUUCCUCGGGGAUACAACUACAAUGGUGUUUGCAGAGGCGUGCAUUAGCCCUCGACCAAGUGCGACUUAGCAGUUGGGAAUGCCAAAACAAGUGGAUCAAUCAAUUGCUGUCCAUACUCAAUACUCCUCCUCCUGCGGGGCAUGCCAGGAUUACUUUGGAGCAAGUAAUCAAGGCAGACAAGCAGAUGUGGACUGAACUUGCUAAGUCCUUUACUGGUACAAUAGUUGCUGCUGCGGGAGCAGUUGCUCCACCUUUCGAUGAGCACAUCACGCGGCUGAGGAAUGACCCAAGGGUGACCAUGUUACCCCUUCCUUCUUUUGCAAAGGAGGCCAAGAACGUUCAGACGCCAAAUGCUUCAACAAGUACAGCUGCUCCAAAGGCCACUCCAAAAGGUCAGCCGAAGAAGAAGUUUAAGGCCGCCAAGAAAGCAGAGCGCAACAAGCCUGAUGCGCUUUCAGGCAUGGAGACAGUGACCAAAGAUGGCCACAAUGUAUGCUGGUCGUUCAACUUGGAAUCAGGUGAGGAGCCUUUUGAUAGGGUGCCCAGGAAGGUGCUUGGUGAGGAGCCAAGCCAGACGGCUUCGAGUCGUCAAACCUUUGCAGGAAUGGGUCUCGACGACAUUCACGUCUUAGAGAUUUUUGCAGGAACUGUGCAUUUGUCAAAGAGCUUGAAGCUCAAAGGCUUUCAAGCCAUGGCCUUUGGCAAGACCUCAAAGAAGUCGGAAGGCCAAGCCAUCUUAGAGGCGGACCUGUCCAAUAGGGAUGAGGUCAAAGCGCUCUUUGAGUUUAUUCGUUUGAAAGCGAAUGAGAUUGCUUUCAUCCACUUGGCGUCUCCUUGUGGCAUAUCGAGCCGCGCACAAGGAAAAGAGAUUGUAGCUUUUUAG